GAACCAUUCACGUGUUUUGCAGGGAAUGUACCUCCUAGCAGCAAUGGCUUCUUGAUUCCAACACUGAGUGACCUCCCUCCACUAUCUAUGCCUCCACUAUAGUGCAGAUAUAGACUACAUCAAGACAUUUGGAUUAUAUAAGCUGUAUUAAGCAGAUCAUGAAAGCAUUGCUAUCCAUUCUCUGCCUCUUCUCUUUGUAUCGUUUGGUCACGCUAAGCGACUACGAUCAUGUUAUUCACGUUGACCCGAACAAUCCGAACAGUACUAACAACAGCACCUGCUAUGAUUCCGAGCAAGUCCCAUGUGCUGACAUAAACUUUGCACUGGCUUUUCCUGACCGACAGACUUCAACCAUUUAUAUUCUCAGCUCUGAUGCUAACCAUAAAUUGGCUUACAAUGCAACUACUACAAUGUUCACAGAAGGUUCACAAAUAGCCUUUGUUGGAGACAAUGGUACCGCUACAGUAGAGUGCAUGGAAGGUGCUGGACUGGCAUUUAUUAACUCUACCAAUAUUAACAUUACUGGAGUGAGCUUUCUUUAUUGUGGAGCAUGGAGACCAAGUACUAGCUCAAAUUUUACAUCGAACACUUUGCAAUUGAUUUCGAUUCGAGUUGGCCUGUACUUUUACAAUUGUCGCAAUGUUAAUAUGUCUCGCAUGAGUGUCUCGAACAGUACCAAUGCAGUGGGUGUGGUCAUGUACAGUGUGGCGGGCGAAAAUUACAUCGGCUACUCACAUUUUGAUAACAACGGGAUUAGAGAGAGCAAUAAAAACGAGUCUGGUGGUGGAGGGUUCGCUGUGGAGUUCAACUAUUGUAAGCCUGGGGACGAUACCUGUGGAGAGAACAAUACACAAACUAAGAACAAUAGUGAAGCUGUGUACACUUUUGAGAACUGUUCGUUUAUCAACAAUCGUGCAAUAGAUCAAUCUGGCCAAAACAGAGGAGGUGUCUCAAUUUUACCCAACAACAAAACUCACUCCUCUCUCGGUCGUGGUGGGGGACUUUCCCUGUAUUUCAAAGGAGAAGCUGAGGCCAAUAACUUUACGAUCAAAAACUGUGUUUUCCACGGUAACAAUGCCAACUGGGGAGGUGGGCUGUGUGUGCAAUAUGCCGAUCAUUCCAUCCAGAACAGAAUAAACGUAACCAACACUACCUUCGAAGCUAACCACUGUUUUUCCGACCACCGUCAUAGUGGAGAGACAGGGGGUGGGGCUUUAGUGUCCUCCCCCGUGCGCUACGAUGUCAAGAGGGAUAUUCUCGAAAGAAACGAGAUCUUUUUCAUUGAUUGUGUAUUCACUGAUAACCGUGCAGUCACAGGGGGUGCUCUAGCGUUUGUGUACACUCUGCAGCGUCAAUCGCAUUAUAAUCAGUUAUUCCAAGCAAACAUUUUGAAUUCCAUGUUUAAAAUGAACUCUGCUAGGCUAGGCUCUGCAAUAUCCGUGGACCACGAAUAUUUCUACCACCAAGGACAAGAAGGACACAUUACAAUCACUGAUUGUACGUUUGACAGUAACAAGAUUGUCUACACAGAUCCAAAAAACCCUUAUAGUAUUGGAAUUGGAGCAGUAUAUAUUUCUGAAGUUCCCGCUACUUUUCAAGGAAGCACCGAGUUUUUGAACAAUGAUGCCAGUGCUUUGGCACUAGUUGGAACAAGAAUAAGUUUUGCAGAGAACUCAACCACCAAUUUCACAGCAAACAGUGGUUCUAAUGGUGGUGCUAUUACUUUAUUGGGCGUAUCGAGUAUGUUGAUUGGUGCUAAUGCAUAUAUGCAUUUCGAGAACAAUGUAGCAAGUCGAUUUGGAGGAGCCAUUUACAACAGCUACACGGGUAAAGAGGAUUUUCGAUCAUCCGUGAAAUGUUUCAUACAGUACGACUAUCCAUUUUCGGAUCCUAAAUCUUGGAAUGCACAGUUUGUGUUUAAGAACAAUUCGGCUGGGAAAUUAGGCAAUUCAAUUUACUCGACCACAAUCCUCCCUUGUUCCUGGACUGAAGACUUUCAAGUGCAGCCGGAAAUAGCUCAGAGCAUUUUCUGCUGGAACGAAUCUAUCUGGAGGUACGAAGGGAGCAACUGUACUUUGCAGAUAUACACAGCUGCUCGUAAAUUUACAAACGUAACUACCGUCAAAGUUUAUCCUGGCUAUCCGUUCCAGUUGGAUAUCAACGCCACAGACGAUUUAAAUCAUGAUGUCACUAUUGAUACUAUCUAUACGGCUCUUGUUAAGAAUGGCACAGCUGCCAUAGACCCCCAGUAUGCGUACGUUGCCGAUGGUUCCUUGGGUAUCACCGGACAAGGAGGACAGAAUGUUACACUCCAAUUAGAGGUUGCCGGCAAUAGAGAUUGGCGUAUAGAAAUUGAACUGGUUAUUGAGAGAUGUCCUAUAGGAUACACAGAACAGACGCCCCUUAUCGAUGUACCAUCCAACCAAACUGACAUGCUCAAAGAGACUACAUGCGAAUGUAUUGGCAGACACGAAUUGAACACGUUUAGAGGGAACCUAAUUUGCAAUAAAGCGGAUAUGACAUCGAAAAUUCGAAAUGGUUUUUGGAUUGGAUAUGUAAAAAACGUACCGGGACUUCCAAACGACACAUUAUAUAUGGGUAGGUUAAUACUGAAGAACAUUUCAGAGAGUAUUUUAACUCUCAAGGAUUCACAUUUCUCCGAGUCCAACGAUACGCAAUGCUCUUACGCUAAUCGUACGGGUACGCUGUGUGGUGAGUGUUUAGAGGGUUAUUCGGUCGCAGUGAACUCUUACACCUACGAUUGUAUCCCCUGUAUUCAUGGCAAUAACGACACGAAUCUUGCCAAGAAUGCCGUAAUAUACAUUGCACUGACCUACGUGCCUUACUUGAUUCUGUUCCUGCUAAUAAUCUUCCUUAAUAUCAAUUUAAUGAGUGGAUACUUAUCUGGCUUCAUCCUCUACGCCCAGCUGAUCGGCUCUGGUGUACUAGAGCUAACAAUCGAUCGCCUUCCUAGCCAAGAAUAUGCUUACUACCUUCAGAAAAUUUAUCGGAUGUCGUAUGGUGUUUUCAAUCUUAAUUCCUUCUCCGGGAUAUUGCCUCCGUUCUGUCUUAGCGAAAAUUCUAAUACCCUAGGAGUGAUUAGCCUUGACUACGGUGUCGCUAUUUUCCCACUAGUACUGAUAAUCGUUAUUUGGCUGGUCGUAAGUUUAGUGGGCAGGUGCAACUUGGGAAGGGAAAGAAAUCGAGCUCUACACACUCUUGUAGGAAAUAGCGAAACAAGUACCAGUCAAAAAAUUGGAGAAUCAGUGAAGAAAAUUGUCUCUCACAAUUUUAUUAACGCUUUUGUUGGAUUCAUCUAUCUAUCUUACACCAAGAUGAGCCUUGCCGCCACUCUCACCUUGACAACGGUUGGAAUAUUCGAUAAAAACGGAACCUACGUGACCUCUCCACGUCUGAUGUACUACGCUGGACAGUACUACUUUGGGCAACAGGAAUAUAUUCUUCCGUAUGGUCUAAUAGCAAUUAUUGUGUACAUGUUCGUCAUUGUGCUGCCAUUUGUUCUGUUAGGUGGUCUAGAUUUCGUCAAUUGGCUCACUGGUCUGGAAAAGUGUGUUUUACUGAGAAAAUUGUGGCCCAGUCUGAAAAUAAAUUCUUUCUUAGAUGCGAUGCGUGAUUGUUACCGACCCAAUCGACAGUAUUUUGCUGGAAUGUACUUUCUCUUUCGACUAGUAAUGCUAAUGAUUUUCGCCUUCUCCUCCAAUCUACUCACACAAGUCCUGUGUCAGUUGCUGUUCAUUAUCUUCAUGAUUAUCGUGGUUGCAAUAAUGCUACCUUACAAAAAUAUGCUUCACAAUUUUAUCGAUAUUCUACUCUUCCUCAACAUGGCAGCAAUUACCCUCAUUUCAAUCUAUCUCUACUCCGCUCCCUCUGAAAAUGGCAGCACCGACCCCAUUGAAAUCCACAUUUUCGGUGUCAUUUUAAUAUGGUUGCCAAUGGUAUAUCUAUUCAUCUAUCUCUGCUUAUUUUGUGUACGAAAAACAAGAAGGUAUAAAAAUGCCACGGAGAAGUUUCUGGCCCAUCGUGCAGUUCUUUUCUUGUACGAACAUUUCUCAAAUUUAGAGCUUUACAGAGAGAUACAACAACGAGGUAGGGUUCGUACCGCCACCAAUGCUAGGGGCAACAACGGAGUGUACGGAGAUCUAGCUGAUAAUGGGGAAGUGCUGACUGAGUCGAUGAUACUGUUGAAUCGAGCAGAGGAGGUUAAUACAUACCGACCGAAAGUUACCAAGUCUACUGUGUUUGAGGCACAUGGCACAAGUGGUGUGGCUGACGUUCAGUGUCGGUAUGGGACCAACGAGACCAAUGAUAAGUAACCUAGUAACGUGUUGUGUAUGGCUAAGCUAUGGACACAAAGUUAUAAUAGUAUAUUGAUUAAUGAUUGCUGCUGUUUAUGAUUACAAUAAUUUUUCUCAACGUAUUGCUUAUAAUUAAAAAUGUAUACAUGUACAGUAAUUAUGAUUUUGUAUCGUUUAUUUUUGUAUAUACAACAAUUACAAUUAUGUGCUGCUAAUAAUAAUUAUAAACACAAAUUGAA